AAACGCCUCCUUUGUUUUUGCCACCACGUGACCGGAUGUGCAAUUUCAAAACAUUGACUAGCAGACGCGAGUAGCCCGUGUGCGGUUUGUUUCAAAUGUCUUUACCUGAUAUUUAUCACUGAUAGUGAAAGGAAACUUUUUGAAUUCGUUGCGAAGAGGACUGCGCCGGUGUGUCCGACAUGGCGGGCCCGCUCCUGGAGUACGAGACGGAGAUGUUCCUGAGUGUGUUCGGCUGUGACGGGCUGCUGGUGGCGGCGGAGGGGCUUGGGAUAGACCGCAUACUACUGCAGUUCAUGCGGGUUUACUCCGAGCAGGACAGCCUGGUGCUUCUGCUCAACACAACUACACCCGAACAGGAAUAUCUCACAGAGCAGUUGCGUGUGGAGGGUGUGACCCACCUGCCCAGGACAGUGACCAGUGAUGUCCAGAGCACAGAGCGUUAUAAUGUUUACACCGAAGGAGGAGUGCUGUUUGUCACCAGCAGAAUCCUGGUGGUGGACUUCCUCACUGACCGCAUUCCUGCUCAUCUCAUAUCAGGCAUCCUGGUGUAUCGCGCCCAUAAAAUCAUCGAGUCUUGUCAGGAGGCUUUCAUCCUACGCCUGUUCAGACAAAAGAACAAGACUGGUUUCAUUAAGGCCUUCACUGACAAGGCCACAGCCCUCUCCUCAGGCUUCUGUCAGGUGGAGCGUGUGAUGAGGAACCUCUUUGUCAAGAAGCUCUACCUGUGGCCCAGGUUCCAAGCAUCAGUGAACACAGCACUGGACAGGCAUAAGCCAGAGGUGGUGGAGCUUCAUGUGUCACUGACGCCAGCUAUGAGGGCCAUCCAGAGCUCCAUCCUGGACAUUAUGGGUGCCUGUCUGAAGGAGCUGAAACGCUACAACCCGUCUCUGGAGGUUGAGGACCUCUCAUUGGAAAACACACUGGGAAAGGCUUUUGAAAAGACCAUUCGUCACUAUCUGGACCCCCUGUGGCAUCAGCUUGGAGCUAAGACCAAGGCACUGGUCCAGGACUUGAAGGUACUCCGUGUUCUUCUGCUUUACCUCACCCAGUAUGACUGUGUCACCUUCCUCAAUCUCCUUGAGUCACUGCGCUCCAGCCAAAAGAGCUUUGGCUCCAAUUCAGGCUGGCUGUUCCUCGACUCCAGCACCUCCAUGUUUGUGAACGCCCGGAGUCGAGUGUACCGCAUCGCUGAGAGCAAGAAGAAACUCAAAGUGGGAUCAGAGGCUGAGAAACAGAAGUCAUCUUCUGCCUCAGAGGUGAAACGAGACCUGGUGCUGGAGAAAAGCCCAAAGUGGGAGGCGCUGACUGAGGUGCUGCAGGAGAUUGAGAGGGAGAACAAGAGCUCAGAACUUGAACCAGGUCGUGUGCUGAUCUGUGCCAGUGAUGACCGUACUUGUGCCCAGCUGCAGCAGUACAUCAGGCACGGCUCAGAUUGGCUGCUGCACAGAUUAUAUACUCGCACGAUUGGCAAACGGGACUCCGCUGCUGCUGCUGCCUUGGACCUUGAGUCACACAGUAAAGGAAAAGGUUGGGCCAAAAAAGGAGGCAAGGGGAAGGAGCCCGCACAGAAGAAAAACACAAAAUCCACGAAGAGUAAAAGCAGACCGUCUCUGACCCUGACCCAGAUGGUCGGGAAGGGGGAGACUGACGAAGUUGCCGCGUUGGGCAGCAGCGGAGAUGACGAAGAACUGAUGGAGGACGAUGAAAGCGAGGACGAACAGAUGAAGUUGAAUUUGUCCUCUGAUGCUUACUAUGGUGUGCUGAAGGAGCCUCUGACUGUUAUCCACCCGCUGAAAGGCUGCACCGACCCCCACAGCUUGACACGGGUGCUGCACGAGGUUGAACCCAGUUUUGUGGUGCUGUACGACGCUGAAGUGAGUUUUGUCCGACAGCUGGAGAUCUACAAAGCCAGCCGGCCUGGGAAGGCACUCCGGGUUUAUUUUCUCAUUUAUGGAGGAUCGACAGAAGAACAGAAGUACUUGACAGCACUCUCUAAGGAGAAGAAAGCCUUUGAACACCUCAUCAGGGAAAAAGCUACUAUGGUCAUACCGGAGGAGAGGGAGGGACGAGAAGACACCAACCUCGAUCUUGCUCGAAAUUUAGAGCCUGCCAAUGCAACUACCAACACCCGCAAAGCAGGAGGCCAGGAGCAGCCGAAAGAGCCUUCGCGAGUCAUUGUAGACAUGCGUGAGUUCCGCAGCGAACUUCCCUCCAUGCUGCAUCGCCGUGGACUGGACAUCGAACCGGUCACCCUAGAAGUAGGUGACUACAUCCUCACGCCAGACAUAUGCGUGGAGCGCAAGAGCGUCAGCGAUCUGAUCGGCUCUCUGCAGAGCGGCCGCCUCUACACCCAGUGUCUCUCCAUGACCCGCUACUACAAGAAACCAGUGCUGCUUAUUGAGUUUGACCCAGCGAAACCGUUCUCCUUGACGGCCCGAUCAGACUUCCGGCACGAGAUAUCAUCGAAUGACAUUUCUUCAAAACUCACUCUUCUCACGUUGCAUUUUCCCCGGCUGCGAAUACUCUGGUGCCCCUCCCCACAUGCUACGGCGGACCUUUUUGUAGAGCUGAAGAAAGGCCGCCUCGAACCCGACGCCGCCGCAGCUCAGGCGGUCACGGCUGAGUCGGACACGGUGGCUGAAUCAGCAGGCCUCUAUAACCCCGGACCUUAUGACUUUCUGUUAAAAAUGCCUGGGGUCAGCACGAAAAACUACAGGUCCUUGAUAAAAAGUGCAGACAGUCUGGCGGAUUUAACCAAACUCAGCCAGGACAAACUUGCAGAAAUACUUGGAAAUGCUCACAAUGCUAAGUCACUGUAUGAGUUUCUGCACAAUGUUGCAGAUGUUCCUGCUCCUGUGCAAAAGGCCAAACACGCAUCAAAGGAAUAAAAGCGUAAAAUCAGGAUUGUUUCUACAUUGUGAAGCUGGAUGAAAAUGUCUUGUGUAAAACUAAACAGAAAGAAUUGUCUCUGUAGAGUGUCUUUGUACAUUUUUAAAUCCAACUGCAUUUUA